AUUCAUCAAUACUUUUCAAAUUCAUCAAAUAAAAAAAAAUGAUGAAAAGAAUUCCUAUUACUGCUUUCCAAAUUCCAACAUAAAACAGUGCGUCUCAAUCAUUAAGAACUUCAUAUAAAGCAAGUUGAUCCAUCCACAAACUCAACGUCUCAUAUUAACCAUGGAGGCGUCUCAAUACAGGAAGAGAACUCAUAUCCUUCCUGGUUUAGUCAUAACCAAAGUAUUCCUGCUUCUGAUAAUUCCUGCUGCUGCUUCCUCUAUACGCUUCGACUAUCAGCAGUUUCUUGAGACGAGUUAUGAGGACUUGACGUUUGAUGGAGAUGUUUAUCAGCAAGAUGAGGUCCUCCAACUCACCAGAUAUAGAAAAGACAGUGCUGGGAGAGUAACAUACAGCAAAUUGUUGCAACUCUGGGACAAGGAGACAGGAAAAAUUGCAGAUUUCACUACCCGUUUCACCUUCAUCAUUGAUUCACCAGAUAUAAAUCAUCGAGGAGAUGGAAUCACAUUCUUCCUAGCACACCCCAACUUCUCACUUCCAGUGCCACCAGAUGGGUCUGGGAUUGGCCUUGUGGGUCGUAAACAAGUAAUGGAUGAUCCAAAUUACACACUGGAGCAUCCAUUUGUAGCAGUGGAAUUUGAUACCCUUCCAAAUGAUGAUGAUCCGCCUUAUGAUCAUGUUGGUGUUGAUAUAAACAAAAUGUGGACUCCCUACACAACAGAAUGGUUCAGUAUUAAAGAUGGCAGAAAGUAUGAUGCUGAGAUUACCUACAAUUCCAGCUCGUAUCAGUUAAAUGUGUUCUUUACUGGAUAUAAGGAUGAUAUGAGAGUUCAACAAGAUUAUUCCCAUGGGAUUAAUUUGAGAGAGAUCCUGCCAGAUCAGGUUCAGUUUGGUUUCUCUUCAGCCACAGGACUUCUCUGGGAGAUACAUACACUAUGCGCAUGGUCUUUUGAUUCAAGUCUGUUGGGAGAAAACUAGAGGAACAAGACAGAGUUAAUCAUUGGAUUAUAUAUAUAUAUAGUAAUUUGUGGGCUCUCCUAAUCUUGGGUUACGAGAUUGAAGCUGAAUAAAAGAGCCAAGAAAGAUGUUUAGAUCUUUUCUGAGACAAUGAUUUUGAAAGAAGCAUUGGACAGAAUAAAGUUUCCUACAGUAAAAUAGGUCUUCCUAUAGAGAGUCUCUAUAGGUGAAUCAGUUUAUUCGAGUAACUCCGUACUACUAAGAAAAUGGGAUUCUAUGUGGGGGGAAAUCUUUCACAGGAAUACGUCAUCUUCUUUUUUUCUUUUUUUUUUUUGGGCAUAGGAAUAAGUCAUCUUCCUAAAGUGAGAAACUUUACGCUAUCAAUAUCUGUGCUUCUAUUGGAAUGUUGUUGAAUGCAGAACUAGUUAAUUCUUAUGAAGACAUUCUCUUGCAAUUAAUGUGUAAUAUAAAUGAAGCCACUGAAAGUAGCACAAACCAUGCAAAUGUGCAGAAAUGUUAACCAA